AGAAGAAAACAAAGUUGGAAAAGUCGAAAGGCUAAGGUCAUGCUCCAUGGAACACAGGCAAUUCGAACGGGGUAGCUUUCCCUUUCUCCGCUAGUUCCUCAUCGUCCUCGCCACUAUCUCCCUAUUAAUAAUCUAACAUAGUAACAUCUAGACCCCAAAACCACCGAAUUCUUGUAGUCAGGAGCCGAAUCCACACAGGAGGACACGGGGGAACGCCCCAAUUCUUGAGACCGCAGGAUGGAUCAACAUACAGAUGGCACUAAUGGUUCCUGCCCCAACUCAUGUGGGCCACUGACGGACUACUACAUCCCAGAUUACAUACUGAAGCCGGACUCUGAACAAGUCACUGUUGAUAAUGCACCAUAUUGUCCUGUGGUAGUCUUCAUCAACUCUAGAAGCGGUGGCCAACUGGGAAGCAGUUUGAUCAAAACGUACCGUGAACUUCUCAACGAAGCGCAGGUUUUUGAUCUCUCUGAAGAGGCUCCUGAUAAGGUUCUGCACAGAUUAUACUGCAACUUUGAGAAGCUCAAGUCUAAUGGUGACAAUCUUGCAUUUCAAAUUCAGAAGAGCCUAAGACUAAUUGUCGCUGGUGGUGAUGGCACAGCAAGUUGGCUGCUCGGAGUAGUUAGCGACCUUAAGCUUUCACAGCCACCUCCUGUUGCUACUGUGCCUCUGGGAACUGGAAACAACCUUCCCUUCUCAUUUGGAUGGGGAAAGAAGAAUCCAGCUACUGACCAAGCGGCAGUUAAAUCAUUCCUGGGGAAAGUAAAAAGAGCAAGAGAAAUGAAUAUUGAUAGUUGGCAUAUCAUCAUGAGGAUGCGAAUCCCACAGGAAGGCCCAUGUGAUCCUAUCGCUCCCUUAGAUCUGCCACAUUCAUUGCAUGCAUUCCAGCGUGUAUCAGACUGUGACUCUCUCAAUGUGGAGGGCUACCACACAUUCCGUGGAGGGUUUUGGAAUUACUUUAGCAUGGGAAUGGAUGCACAAGUAUCGUAUGAAUUUCACUCUGAAAGGAAGAGAAAUCCAGAGAAGUUCAAGAACCAGCUAACAAAUCAGAGUACGUAUGCUAAACUUGGACUUAAACAAGGAUGGUUUGCUGCUUCCCUAAGACAUCCUUCUUCAAGGAACAUCGCUCAACUUGCAAAGGUGAAUAUCAUGAAAAGACCUGGUCGCCAAUGGGAAGAGCUUAAGAUUCCUCGCAGCAUUCGAUCAAUCAUCUGCCUCAACUUGCCAAGUUUCUCGGGAGGAUUGAAUCCUUGGGGAACGCCUGGCACGAGGAAAGUACAAGACAGAGACCUGACAGCACCUUAUGUUGAUGAUGGCCUUAUCGAGGUUGUCGGCUUCCGUGAUGCCUGGCAUGGGCUCGUCUUGCUGGCUCCUAAUGGCCAUGGAACUCGUCUAGCACAGGCCCACCGAAUCCGUUUCGAGUUCCACAAAAGAGCGGCCGAGCACACGUUCAUGAGGAUCGAUGGGGAACCAUGGAAGCAGCCUCUCCCCAAGGAGGACGACACGGUCGUCAUUGAGAUCUCCCACCAUAGCCAGGUGGCCAUGCUGGCCAGCGACCCGUGCAAGUCGAAGAGCAUCAAUGACCCCUCCUCUCCGUGCCACCCCCAUGACGACGAUGACAGUAACAGCUUGGAGGACGAAGACGAGUGGGAAGACGGGAGGAAGAAGUUUGGGGCAGCGGCCACCUUCAAGAUCCCUGACGAGGUUGACAUCGCACAUCUUAGCUGAGUUAGUCCAGCUUCUUCUACGUUAUUGCGAGUUGUCCAGAUGGUUGGGAGUUCAGAUUCAUUUCAGAAUGUUCACUGCUGCUGUUAGUGAUACUACCCCUUUAUUAUUUUCUGAGUUCAGAUUCAUUUCAGAAUGUUCACUGCUGCUGUUAGUGAUACGGCCCCUUUAUUAUUUUCUGAGUUCAGAUUCAUUUCAGAAUGUUCACUGCUGCUGUUAGUGAUACUGCUCCUUUAUUAUUUUCUGAGUUCAGAUUUCAGGAUGUUCACUACUGCUGUUAGUGAUACUGCCCGUUUAUGCUUUCUCUGCUUAUGCUGUUAAUUUCAAGUUUAACAGCCAUGUGUAGACUCUUUUAUCGCCCCGGAAGCACACAUGACUCUGUUUCUCAGCCUGAGCCUAUCUAUUCUGAAUAAAAACGAGGGAUACUUGUAUGAUUUA